AGGGCAACAAAUCAGAACAAAGAAAAAGAGGUAUUUGAAAUAUGAAAAUGACUUGGUUUUCCUUGAUAUUGUUUCUUAGUUUAACAAUCAAUAAUCUAUCAGAGGCUAGCCAUCAUGGUCGUAAGCUACAUUCUGCUGUUGUUUCUGGAACUGUUUACUGUGAUAUUUGUUCCCAGGAAGAUUUCUCAAAAGCCCAUCACUUUAUUUCUGGUGCAUCAGUUGCUGUGGAAUGCAAGGAUGGGGAUUCGAUGCUUAGUUUUCGACAAGAAACGAAGACCGAUGAGCAUGGAGAAUUCAAGGUUCGUUUGCCAUUCUCAGUUACCAAACGUGUCAAGAAAAUCAAGAGAUGUUCGGUGAAACUCGUGAGAAGCAGUGAGCCAUACUGUGCAGUGGCCUCAUCUGCACCUUCUUCGUCACUCAAUCUCAAGAAAACAAGCCAAGGAACCCACAUUUUCUCAGCUGGACUUCUCAGUUUCAAGCCACUGGAACAACCAAAUCUCUGCAACAAGAAACCAAGUGUUGCUGAUUCCAAGGAAUCCAAUACCAAAAGCACCAUGGAAUUUGGCCAGCCGAAUUAUCCCGUAUUUCCACCUCCACUACAAGACCCUGCACCACCACAGUCACCUCCAUUGCUUCCAAAUCUGCCACCAUUACCUCAACUCCCCCCUCUCCCAUCACUUCCACUGCCCCCUUUUCCACCUAUUCCCUGAAGGAAUUAGAUAACUGAUACUGAUAUAUUUAUUAAUAUGAAACGCAGCUUAAUUUGUUGAAUCCUCCAUAUCAGACUACUAUGUUGAAGUUCACUAGUUUUCAUGUAGAGCAGCAGCUCACUACUCUAUUUCCCUUCAUUUAUUACGUUGUAAGUUAAUGUGGUUUAUCAUUUAAUGAG